AUGGCUGCCUCAAACCCCUCGACGGCUGAAGCCACCGCAGAAGCCAAGCCUAGCCAAGAACCUUCCGCACCACAGUCGCCAAACCACGUAGAGGAGAAGAACCGGGCCGCAGACGAGACUUCAACACAGACCCCGGUACCCACAGCGACGACAAACACAAAAGACUCUUCAGACAAGGCUCUCGAAGCAGGUGUGGCGGCAGACGAAGAGAAGGUCGCACCCGGGGGCAGUACAUCGAAGCCACGAGAAGCCGAGAUCGCCGCAUCAGCAGCAGCACUAGAAGGGGCAGGGGCAGAGAAGAAGGAGACCGGGCCCUCCCCAAGGCCGAGCGUCCAGACGGACCUUGACGACGAUGUGUACCAGGCGGACUUUCAGGGCGAGGUCGUGACCAACGACGAGCUCCCGUCGGCAGAGACGAUCCGUAGGAUCGAGAACUACAUCGUGCUAGACAGGCAUGGCAAGACACACACGUUCAGGAGCUUGUACACGGGGCGCAGCGUCGCGAGGCGGGUGCUGAUCAUAUUCGUGCGCCACUUCUUCUGCGGUAACUGCCAGGAGUACCUCCGCAGCCUCUCGGCCUCGAUCACGGCCGAGUCGCUCCUCCAGCUGCCAAUCCCGACCUUCAUCGCCGUCGUGGGCUGCGGCGACCCGCACCUAAUCGACAUGUACGCCUCGGAGACGGGCUGCCCGUUCCCCAUCUAUGCGGACCCGACGCGCAAGCUGUAUCAGGAGCUGGGCAUGAUCAAGACGCUGGCGCUGGGUGCACGGCCCGCGUACAUGAACAAGAGCCUAUUCAAGUCGUCGCUGGACAGCAUCGUCCAAGGCGUCAAGCAGAUCAAGAAGGGGCUGGUGCUCAAGGCCGGCGACCAGAGGCAGAUCGGCGGCGAGUUCCUCUUCGAGCCUGUCGACAUCAAGAGCCCCGAGGUCGAGAGCCCAAAGCACGAGUUCGACCGGAAGCUGGAGCUGGACGAUAAGAAGCCAGAGAAGACGGAUGAGGAGCGCGUCGCUGAGGCUGAGAAGAGGAGCAGGGCGACAAGCGUGGUGACUGAUAACGAUAAUGAUGAAGAGGAGGAACCCAGCCUGGUUGAGGACAAGAAGGUGACCUGGUGCCACCGGAUGAGGACAACAAGGGACCACGCCGAGAUCCCAGAAUUAAUGGAAGUACUGGGCUUGACUGGGCACGGGAAGCCUAUCAAGGACCAGAAGAGGUGGUCGAAGGCAUUGGACUCGAGAAAGGGCACGGGGCUAAGCCUGGCGCACCGGAUGAGCCAAAUGAGCCAGCACAAAGUCGACGACGGGAUAUGA